GGCGGGUGGUCGUGUCCUCUUCUGUUGCCGGCUCCGUCGGCUCUUUUCGGAGGCGCGCAUCUUUGGGGCAUUCUUGCUGGCGUUGUCCCCACGAAACUUUAUGAUUCGCAACCCAUAUACCAUAUCUCUAUUGUUUGGGCUCGUGUCAUUCACAUCUCUUGAAGUGCCUAAUUACGCCCAUGUCAACAUCAGAUCUGGCUGAAAGGCCGUUGUCACUCUUAUUUCUGCUGUUCAUCGGCUAUACCUCCUUGUCGUUUGCCCGUCGAGCCCUACAGGAUGUCUUUACCGCUGAGCUCACCAUCCCUGGGGAUAGGCUGGAUGCUACUCAGUUGGGUAUUAUACUGAGUUCACAGACCUUAGGCUACACAACCACGAAGCUUGUUAGUGGCAUUUUCAUGGACCAGCUCAAUCCGUCGGCUGUUUUUGUUUACACUCUGUGGUCCACUGCGGGGUCUCUCUUCUUCAUGGCACUUUCUUCAAACCGAUAUUGUUGGUUCAUAAUGUACACCAUAAAUGGUCUGGCUCUGGGCGUGGGUUGGCCUGCUGUUGCGAAGAUCCUCCGCACGUCGGUUGCUCCCAAUGAACUGGCCACCUGGUGGGGCGUGUUGUCUGCCGCUGUCAAUGUUGCUGGAGGUCUGGGGCCCUGGUUGACCAUGUCCAUCAUGUCGAUUGCCGUCGUUUGGCUUGGAUCCGAUGCAUGGAGAAGCACUUUUAUCAUAAUUGGCCUAUGCUGUUUACUCUGCGGGAACAUAUUUGCAUUUCAUCUUUUUGGUUUCCAACUGCCACGUCUGCGAAACCAAUUCUUGCGUAAGAAUGUUGCAGAUAGCAUCAGGCUUCGAUCCGAUGGACCAAGACACGGUGAGGCAACCGGGGAGAAUACAAGGGUACACCGUCGCACGAUUGCACAGAAUUCACAAGCGAAUGAGCUCCAGGCCGAUGCUACUUCUGAAUCCCUUGGAAACGAUGUCGUCACAGAUGUCUAUCGCGGCGACAAGCAACACCAGUCCGACAAUAUCUUACUUCGAUUUCAAACGCUUUGCAACACGUUAUCUCCGACAUACCGGCUUUUGCUAUGCGCUUCGGCCGCCCUACACAUGAGCAGCACAUUCUUACGCUUUGCCAUAUGCAAUUGGUUUCCAGUGAUGUUUCGUCAGUACCAGGAUCUGUACAGUAUUCACACAAGUGAGUCAUCUAUUCGAAUUGUUUACCUGAUCAUUAGGUAUGACUGGGGCGUCAACGACAAUCUAACGGCCACAAAAAUGUUGCUCACUGUUGGGAAGAUGUCUCGGUUGUUAGAGCGGCAAUUUAUUGAUCGGAAGGUUCGUGGUUCGAAUCCGACCUCUGCCUGUCGACUUCCCCUGUCUAGGUUUGGACAACCUGUCAGUGCUUCUUUCUGGUGCAUCCUUCACGUGUUCAUCGUUUUCUUACUGAGUCUCGUUAUUCUUUCCGUUAUCUCACUUUCUAUAGCUAACUUAUUCGUCAGUGUUUUCGAGCUUGGUGGAAUUUUUGGAAACCUGUUAGCAGGUCUGCUUUCAGACAUGGGUGUCACUCGUGUAAGUCCUCUAUUGCCAUUUGAUUAUUAUCUUUUUGAGGCUGUUUUCGGAUUUGUGGGAGUUAUCGGAAAACGCCUCAGUGCUGGCUACGCUAUUUUCCGAACAGAGCUUCAUAUGCAGAAUGAACCAACAUGUUUGACUCACUUUGAGGUUGUUCGCACGCUUGAGUUGUUUUUCUUCAUUUACAUCGAUGGUCGUUUUGUACUUGUAUUUCAGAAACCUUCCCGCUUCCUGAAUCCGCGAAUACCGUACAUUCUUGGUCAUAUGGCGAUUGCGUGUGCGGUGUUAUGCGGACUUGGUCUCAGUAUUGCCGCGGGAAUCCCAUGGGGUAUUCUAAUGAUAUCUGCACUGCUCCUUGGUUUGAGCGUGUUUGGCGCUGUUUCCCUAUGCGGGGUGCUGGCAGUGGAGUUGGUCCCAGUGUCACUCAGCGGUACUAGUCAUGCGCUGACAGCGCUCUGUGCCAACGUGGGUGCCUUCGCAGCCUGCUAUCCGAUAUCCCGCCUUUCUGAUGUCAUGGGCUGGGCCAAUGCUUUCGUAUUUUCCGGUAUUUGCUCUUCCCUCGCUCUUCUUCCAAUGUGCUUGCUCCAUUGCUAUCGCUUUCGCAAGCUGCUCGUCCGCUAAACCGAACCCAUACCCUUGGACCUACCUCAGAUCUUCGUUACUGUCGAGAAUCUGAUAUAUUUUUGUCUUAUCGCUUUUGUUUUUUCCUUGUUACCGUGAUACACAAUGUGUACAAAAGGGUCUAUACAUAUUUCUUAUUUAUCCGAGCAUCUCGACUCAGUAUAUUGUCUAUUUUCGGAAAUCGGACUUCAUUUCAC